GGAGGGGCGGGAGCGCGCGCGGGCCCGCGCAGGCGGCGGCGGAACCGAGCGGACGGGCGUGCGGCCGCGGCGCCGCCGACUCGUGUGGGACCCUCCGCUCCGGCCGGCCGCCCGCCGGGCCGCGCGCCGCUCUUCCCGCCGGCAGCCGAGCCGCCCGCGCGCCGCCUGUGCCUUGUGAGGCUGGCAUGCAGGAUGGCUGGACAGCCCAGCCACAUGCCCCACGGAGGGAGCCCGAACAACCUCUGCCACACGCCGGGGCCCGCACACCCUCCUGACCCACAGAGGCACCCGAACACCCUGUCUUUUCGCUGCUCGCUGGCAGACUUCCAGAUCGAGAAGAAGAUAGGCCGAGGACAGUUCAGCGAGGUGUACAAGGCCACCUGCCUGCUGGACAGGAAGACGGUGGCUCUAAAGAAAGUGCAGAUAUUUGAGAUGAUGGACGCCAAAGCCAGGCAGGACUGCGUCAAGGAGAUUGGCCUCCUAAAGCAACUAAACCAUCCCAACAUCAUCAAGUAUUUGGACUCGUUUAUUGAGGACAACGAGCUGAACAUUGUGCUGGAGCUGGCCGAUGCGGGUGACCUCUCGCAGAUGAUCAAGUACUUUAAGAAGCAGAAGCGGCUCAUCCCCGAGAGGACGGUGUGGAAGUACUUCGCACAGCUGUGCAGCGCCGUGGAACACAUGCACUCUCGCCGGGUGAUGCACCGAGACAUCAAGCCUGCCAACGUGUUCAUCACGGCCACGGGCGUCGUGAAGCUUGGUGACCUCGGCCUGGGUCGCUUCUUCAGCUCCGAGACCACCGCAGCCCACUCCCUAGUGGGGACGCCGUACUACAUGUCACCGGAGAGGAUCCACGAGAAUGGCUACAACUUCAAGUCCGACAUCUGGUCUCUGGGCUGUUUGCUGUAUGAGAUGGCAGCUCUCCAGAGCCCCUUCUAUGGAGAUAAAAUGAAUCUCUUCUCCCUCUGCCAGAAGAUCGAGCAAUGUGACUACCCACCUCUCCCUGGAGAACAUUACUCUGAGAAGUUGCGAGAACUGGUCAGUAUGUGCAUCUACCCCGACCCCAACCAGAGACCGGACAUCGGAUAUGUGCACCAGGUUGCCAAACAGAUGCACGUGUGGACUUCAAGCACCUGAACGUGGACGCGGCGUGCCUUAUCAGAGCCGCACCACUUUGCCUUACUUGAGUCUUCUCUCCAAAGUGGCCGCCUGGUAGCCUAGAUCAACUAAGACAAGAGGGUUCAGCGGGUUCCCCGAGGGGGCCGGGCUUUACAGCAGAUGCCGAAUGCAGAGCAGCUGGGGGGAGGGGCACUGGUCACACGUUAACUGGUGGUCAAAUUCGAAAGUCCUUUCUUUAAACUUUUGUGGACAAUCUCAGCUGGGUUGUUACCAAGGGUGAGUGGUUGGGUGAGCCACUGACGCGCCCCAUGUGUCUGGACUGUAAUGUGAAUCUUGAGGAUAAUUCCUUCAGUGACCUGUCAAGGUUUGUAAGAACAGGGGGGUUGCAGGAGACCGUGUGAUUUGUAGUGAGCCUUUCAAAAUGGUUAGUAGCAAGUUCGGUUUAGCUCUUAGAAUCUUUUUUAAAAAUUCAAGCUAUGUGCUUGCUCUGUUGUAAAAGGAUAAGGUGGAAAUAAUUUUUUUUUAAGCAGAGUGAUUUUCCUAAUAUUUUAUCUAUGUUUAUAACUCGAUGAAUGACGAUGAGGAGAACUCAGCAUCUGGCACAGAGCUUCAGAAGGCAAAUAAUAUUGGGAAGCCACAUGUGCCUUCCAUGCAGUCCGGCUCAGCUGCCUUCUCCUGAACACCUGCCACGUAGCAGGCACUUCCGUCACCUGCUUCAGUGCUGGCAGGUCACUUAACAAUCAGUGUUAAGCGUUGUCCUCUGUGGGAAGGAAGCAUGGGGUCCAAAAAAAAAAAAAAAAAAAAAAACAAAUAUAAAACAUGCCCUUGGGCUGUUCUCUGUGCAAGUUCUGGUUCUGCAACUUCCUGCCGCGACCCUGGGCAUCUUCCUUAGCCUGAGCCUUAAUUUCUUCAUCUGUAAACUGGGACUAAGACUAUCUACCUUCAGCGUUGCUGACAGAAUUUGAAAUAAAAUCUGCAAGUUACCUAGCAUCAUCGCCUUGCAGACGAUCCCAAAAUGGUUGCCACUCCCCCCUUCACAAAACUGACCCAUGGACCACGUAAGUCAAGAGUUAACAUACAGCUGUAUUAUGCGUAGGAAACCAGAACUAUGUUCAUUUAUUUGUUCCCAAAUAGGAUUAACUGUGAAGACUAAUUUAUAAAUGUGAACUUAAGGAAAACUCAAGCUCUGAAGGAAAUCGUUUGCUUAUACUCAAGUUAAUCCUCAAAUGGUCUAAGUUGUCACCCGCUGACUUGGUGACAGUUCAGCCCUCCAGCUAGAUAGAGACAUGCCCGCCCGCUCUGUUAGCGUUCUGGUCAGGUGGUCCGCUUGCAGCCAACUUGCUGACCAGGGGCCCAGGCCUCCCUGGGGAUAAAGGACUUGGGCUGGGCCACUGCUCUGUUUCCAUGUGUGAACUCUGUUCUACUGUAACACUGUCGGGUUUGAGACAUUUUCUUCAGAUGCAGCCUUUGCUUUGUACUUGUUCUCCAUGUUUGAAAUAAAAUGGGGUAAGAGGGGUC